GGUGACGAUGCACAACGACCCAUGCACAUUGUGCAGAGAGAACGCGCGAGAGCGAGUCGUCUCCUCCGUUUCGGAAGAUUGCAGACUGAUGCGGGCGUUACAAGCGUGCCGCAAGACACAAGAGUUGCGCUAGUGAUAUGGAACUUGGUGUACCGAAGCCGCCCGGGAAGCAUUGGAGCUAUAAAGACGCGUGUAGGGCCUACGUGGAAAUGCAUCACGCUUUCCAGCCCGUUUCUUUAGUGCUCUUCACUACACUCGUUGGAUCUUUCAGCCUAUUCCUGUUUGCUUUCUUCUUUCGACACUUCGUCCUCGUUCGCUCCAAACAUGUCAUCUAAGACUCAGUUGCAACACCGCCACCUGCCACGAAGCGUUAUGUGGCUGCACGCGCCCAUUGACAGAUUCGCCAUUCCUUGUAUGAGCGACGCCGAAGGUAUCACCACCAUGCCGGUACCUGGUCGUCGCUGCCCUGCCUGUCUCGAGCGUGGAGACACUGUCUGGGUGGUUCCAGGAAAGUGCUGCGCGCAGUGCGGUACCCCCGUCAACUGAUGAGGACUCCCCACGGACGAAGGUCGCUUCCAGACUUGAGAUUUUGCUUGCUUUCAGCGGUCGGUAUGGCCCGCAUAGAGUGACUUCCGCAUAUUGCGCUUGGGGGUUGUUAGUCUGCAUUUUCGAGUGUUGGUCUGGCAACGUUGUACUUGUACUUGGAUUGGCGAGUUUGUAUUCAUAUCCGAUGGUGGCUUGCAAGCUGGUGCUGUUAUGGACACUAGAUUCGAGCUUAAUAAAUAUGUGCCAGCCUAAUGCCAUGAAGC